UGGUGGGCUCAAUUCAGACAGACAGUGAAUGAUAUCCUGUACAAAUCCAACAGACAUCAGUGCUCUGCAGGUGCAGGUGGCUGCAAGUUGGAUCAGAAAACAGGUAAAUUGCUCAAGGUCUGCAAGAGACGAUUCCCUCGUCCUGUGAGGCCGUGUACCAUACUUGACCCUAACAGUGGAGCAUUGCUCAUGAAACAGGGAGAAGCCCGGCUAAAUAGCUUCACCCCAGCACUGACAUAUAUCUUGCGAUGCAAUAGUGAUGUGACCAGUCUGCUCUCAGGGACUGCCAUCAAAGCUAUCACAGCCUAUGUCACAGACUACAUCACCAAAAUACCACUGAAGACCCACACAAUGUUCUCUGCAGUAAAGACUGUGUUUACACGCAACACAGAACUCCUC